CGCUCGUUGACAUGGCUCGUGGCGCGAGCAAGGCCGAGCUUGAGGCCGAGGUCGAAAAGCUUCGGGAGUACAAGGUCCUCACAAAGCUUCGCAUGAAGCAAGCUGCAGAGAAGCUAGCGAGCUAUCGUGUACAACUGGAGGAAUGCCAGGCGGCGGUGGAGUCUCUAAAGGAAACAGUUGUGUCGCAGCACCAAACGAUCGAAGGACAUGAGAAGACAAUUCGAGCCCUCACGGACACGGUUGCAGCUCUGAAAUCAUCGGACUCGACUGCUAUCGCGGUAUCACAGCCGACCUGCCAACCGACCCAUGUUGAGGCUACAGAACCCCGCACCGACCCAUGGGCAUCUUUGGCUUCUUCCUCCUCGUCCGACGAAGGCGAUGACGGCGAAUCUGCCUCCAUCACUGCGAUAGCAACUGCCAUCGCCGAAACUACCACCGUCGAGACUGUUUCCACCACACAUGCCGCCACCGCGACCCCGAAAUCGGCGAGCAGCACAUCUUCUUCAUCUUCGUCAUCGUCGUCUUCAUCUUCCGAUGAUUCCGACCUAGACGAUUUCAUCACAAGCCUAGAAAAACCAAACACAUCCAUAGACGAAGAGAAGGCAGAUUCACCUUCACAGGGCGCCGCGACCACGCCAUCCGUCACCUUGUCGAAUGCAGGAGAGCCGAUGAAGGACAAAAACCAGGCAGAUCCAACCCCGCCAACGUCUUCAGGCGUCUCCAACCUCGCAGGGGCGUCUGCAUCCGGACAACCCUUGACAAUACCAAACAUGUUACCAGCACAAAAAAAUUGCACUCCUCCACGACGUAUUGCCACAAAGGUUAGCUCCAAGCAAGCGCCGUCGCCACAGAAACGUUCGUUAAUGCCAGUUGAAGCCGAGGACGGCAUCCCGUCGCCAGCGACCAAAGUGGCCAAGACAGGGUCGUCCUCAAGCAUGCCCGUGGAGGUGAUCGCGUUGAACGAUACAAUGCAAAAAGCCAUGCCAAAGCAGAGUCGACCAGAUAUUGUUGUCCAAGCGUACUUCACGGCCCUUCGAACUCUGGACAGUCCAACAACCAGAGCCCUUUGCUUGACCAAAGUAGUCAAGAACUUGAUUCAGCAUCACCAAGUUCCGGCACUGGACAUCGCAGAAGCUGUCCUGAGGGCCAGCACGAAGUCUGCGACCUCGAUCGACACGUCUGUGUGCGUGGAUUUGCUGUGGCACAUUGCCCACCCCCGCCGCGCGGAUCUCUUGUCGAUUCUCCACUGCGUUGCGAUCCACAUCAAGAAGCCAUCCAAGCGACCAAACGUCAAGACACAAGCAACCUGGUGCCGUGUCCACACGCUAUUGUGUCGGCGCGCGGCGUGGAUGGCUGCCAGCCGUUCGUUCUUGGUCGAUCGAUUGGCCGAAGCGAAUCGUUCGAUUUGGGAUUUUGUCGCCAUGGCGCAGUCGUGGCCAGACAUUGUGGCGCCCAUCGGAAGAAGGAACUGCGCGUCGACCCUGUUGCCCACGACCAUUCGAUAUUUGCUGAGCGGGCUGUACCGCGACGAAGCUGCCAAACACAACCAGAACGCUGCAUUCUUUGAAGAACUCAACUCGUUGUGUCAACUCGACCCGCCCUUAUCCGACGACGACUACUUGGAGUCAUUUCGACAGCUCUUCGACCAGUCAGUGUUUGAAACGUGCGAGAGUGUGCGCCUCCUCUUGCGCGUGCGUGGGUGGAGGUGGUGUGCUGACCACAACAUCGUUGUACUUCUCUCCGAUCAACUGGACAACAUGUCGCAGACCAAACUCCGAGUCCUUGGCGUGGCGGCCGCGGUGUAUGUGACGUUUGGAUCUACCGAAGCUUCACUUAUCAACCAAGCGAAGCAGAUCGGAGAGCUCUUGACUCGAGUGUUAACGGACGCAACGCUUGCGGAAGGCGACAAAGAAUUGCAAAUUGCCGCUGCAACGGCGCUGGUGCAAUUGGCUCACAGUGUACCAACCAAGACGCUUCGCACAGCGUAUGUCGCGAGCGUCGUCGGGUGGUUUCGAGCGCAGUCGACGACGUGGCAAUUGCGCCAGUCCUCGUCGUUUCUGCGGCAUCUCCAGCAGGUUACAACAAUGGCGUAGAGAGACAACCUCCUGAAGCUGAAUGACUCCUUUUACCGACUGACCUCACACCGGUUCGCCCAUGCAUAAAGCUCACUCGGGCUCGCCCUACCCCACAACUUCCACCAUCGCGACCACGUCCUUAAUUUCGAGCGCCACAUAAAUCGCGGCGCUGUGCGCUGAAGUUUACUUUCCACUACCUGUCGUUUGCUGGAGGCUCGUGCAGACCCGUUCCAAUGACUUAAUCCUUUCCCAACAUCUUCGGCCGUCAUUUGGCUACAGAACCUCGUGACAUCCAUAUAUUCUAAAUUCAAUAUAUCUAAAUCCAUGUAUAGAAC